UCACGUGCUUCGCGGCACUUCGGGACGGUGGGGCUGCGCGGCCGGGCAGUAGAGGCGACGGCGGCCUAGAGCGGCCCCGGCCCCGGCUCCGGCUCCGGCUCCAGCGCGGGCUGGGACCCGGCGCUGGGCGGGAGGAGGAGUAGGAGAUGGCGACGGCAGAGGGCGAAGACGCUGGCGGCGGUCCGGGACGAGCGCGCCGGGGCUGCGAACACUACGACCGCGGAUGCUUCCUCAAGGCCCCUUGCUGUGGUAAACUUUACAUCUGCCGCUUAUGCCAUGAUAACAACGAAGAUCAUCCUCUGGACCGUUUUAAAGUGAAAGAAGUACUGUGUACCAAGUGUGGAAAACUUCAGAAUGCUCAACAGACGUGUGAAGAAUGUAGUUCUGUGUUUGGAGAAUACUAUUGCGAUAUAUGCCACCUAUUUGACAAAGACAAGAAACAAUACCAUUGUGAGAAAUGUGGAAUUUGUAGGAUUGGUCCAAAGGAAGAAUUUUUUCACUGUUUGAAAUGUAACCUCUGCCUGUCCUUGAGUCUGCAAGGGCAUCACAAGUGCAUUGAGAAUGUCUCCAGGCAGAAUUGUCCCAUAUGUUUAGAGGACAUUCAUACGUCCCGUGUAGUUGCUCAUGUCUUGCCCUGUGGACAUCUUCUACACAGAACAUGUUAUGAAGAAAUGUUAAAAGAAGGCUACAGGUGUCCAUUGUGUAUGCACUCUGCUCUAGACAUGACUCGCUAUUGGCGGCAGUUGGAUAACGAAGUGGCACAAACACCAAUGCCCAAAGAGUAUCAGAACAUGACUGUGGAAAUUCUCUGCAAUGACUGCAGUGCCCGCUCGACAGUCCAGUUCCACAUAUUAGGAAUGAAAUGUAAGAGCUGUGAGUCAUAUAAUACUGCCCAAGAUGGAAAGUGUGGAAUUCCUCUAGAGCAGCAGUGACGGUCCUCUCUCAGCUGCAUAG